AUGUCCAAAGCAUUACUACUUGAUGAUACUUUUGAUGAAAAAGAUGACGAAAUUGGAAUUCGUUGUGAGCAAAAACUUGGACGAAGGCGAAGCUUAACAUUGAGGGCAGCUUCUGUCGAUAGAGUCAAUGAGAGACUUUCAUUACAACCGGCUACUUCUACUCCAAGUUUAAGCGAAUCUUAUGGAUCUGCUACACUUUUAUGCAGACCUGACAAGCAAGAGAAUCAAUCCCAACAGCAAAGAAGGAAAAUUGAUGUUUUUGCUAACAUUAAAAAGACAGCAGAAGAUUCUUUGGAUGAUAAAAGUUGUGUUGAUUAUUCACCAUGUACUACCAUUAAUUAUGAUACAUUUUUGAAUGAAUCAACAGAAAGUAAAGAAAUAAACAAUGAAUUGAAUAAAAAUCAGGUGAUUAUUAUUUUGAGAAGGCAGGUUUUGAAGGGAUAA